UCCCUGCUUGCUCGGCUACUCGGCUGCUCGCUGAAUCGCGGCCUGACUGCGUACGCUGGUUUCCGAUUUGCAGAGAUGUGAAUAGAGUUGUGAUCAGGGUCCCAAACCAAUCAGAGUCCUUCCUAGGCGUAGAAGAGGGGGCAAGCCAACUGCAAAUCAGAUUUUUGAGGAGCAGAGUUCUCCAUCAUUGGAUUCUUUGAAGUGAUACUUAGUGGAAAGCUCAGAAGAUAUGAGGAAGAAUAGAUUGAUUUCAGCUAUUCAGAGAGCUCAAUCAAAAUAUUCUGUCUAUGUCAAUCCAGUGAUUUGGGCUGCCAAUCCUUCUCAGCUGAAUGGUUGUCCUUUCAGCAAGUAUGGCGAAAUUCCUAGCAUUUCCGUUCAGAUGAGAUGGCAAAUCGGCCACGGUCACUGUAACUUAUCAAGCCAGCCCAAUUAUGGAAUUAACAAAGACCGUUUGGUAGAAAUCCUCUUAAGCCAUAGGGAUGACCCUGAAUCCGCAUUUGAGCAAUUCAAAGUUGCUAUGGAGCAUUUGGAUAUUCAGAGGUGGGUCGGGGAGCCUUUCUGUGUUUUGCUUUACAUUUUGGCAAGUUCCUCGAAGCACCAGAAUAUGGCUAGAAGUUUGAUUUCAAAACGGGUGCUUGGAGAUUCUAAUCUGCCUUAUUAUGCUCUAUUCGAUAGUCUUGCUGGUUGUGCUAAAAGAUUCAAUUUUGAGUUAAGCCCAUUGGUUUUUAAUGGUGUGCUAUAUAGCUUUGUUAAAGCUGGUCGUGUCAGAGAUGCUGUUGAUUGCUUUAAAGCUGUGAUGGGUCAUGAUAUACUGAUUCAGCCCUUCCUUGUAGGUAAAGUCUUAAAGACAUUAGUCAAGAAUAAAAUGAUCCUGGAAGCUAAAGAUCUGUAUAAUGAUGCAGCCUCUAGAGGGAUUGCAUAUGGUAAUUUUACUGUGCGUUUAAUGAUGUGUGUUUGUUUAAAAGAAGGGGAUAUGGAGCUGGCUGAGAGGUACUUUUUAGAGGCUAAGGCUAGUGGUGUGCCACUGAACGCCGCAACCUUCAGUGUUGCUGUACACACUACUUGUAAAUUGGGAAAGGUGAAUGCUGCAAUUGCAUUGCUGGAUGAGAUGAAGGAGAAGGGUUGGGUGCCUUCUGAGGGAACAUAUGUGAAAGUAAUUUCUGCUUGUGUGAAGCAAAGAAAUAUGUUUGAUUAUGCAUUACGGCUUAAAGAUGAGAUGGUUAGGUAUGGCCGAUCUGAAGGAUUGGUGGUUAUGACGAGCCUAAUGAAGGGAUAUUGUGUGCAGGGUGAUGUAAGCAGUGCUUUGGGUUUGCUUGAUGAUCUUGUUAAAGAUGGACUACGUCCAACCAAAGUCACCUAUGCAGUUUUGAUUGAGGGCUGCUGUAAUAAGGAAGGGUAUAUUGAUAAGGCACUAAAGUUAUACACUCAAAUGAAACUUGAAGGUAUCAAGCCAUCUGUGUACAUUGAGAAUUCUUUAAUAAGAGGAUUCCUUAAAGAUAACUUAUUGGGCAAAGCAACUAAGCAGUUUGAGCUAGCGGUUGUGGCUGAUGUUGCCAAUGUAUUCACAUACAAUGUCAUGUUGUCUUGGUAUUGCAAAAAAGGUAAGACAAAAGAAGCAGAAAAUAUAUGGGACACAAUGGUGAAUAAGCGAAUUGUCCCCACUAUUGUCUCAUAUAACAACAUGAUCCUUCUUAACUGCAGAACUGGAAAUAUAGACAAAGCAUUAAGUUUACAUUCUGAGUUGCUACAUCAGAAUAUAAAAUCUAAUGUAUUCACAUAUACCAUUUUGAUUAAUGGGCAUUUCUAUAAAGGUGAUGCUGAUCUGGCACUAGAAACAUUUGACAAAAUGCUUACGUUAGGGAUUGUUCCAACUGAUUUCACAUUCAACUCCAUCAUCAAUGGUCUAUCUAAAGUUGGGAGAGCAUCUGAGGCAAAGACUAUGCUUCAGAUGUUCAUAGAGAAGGGUCUAUAUCCAAGCUGUAUGACUUACAACUUCAUUAUUAAUGGUUUUCUUAAAGAAGGUUCUGUCAGUUCAGCUAUAUCUGCUUAUACAGAGAUGUGCGACCAUGGGAUUUCCCCAAAUGUUGUCACUUAUACAUGUUUAAUAAAUGGAUUGUGCCAAAACAAUAACAUCGAUCUUGCUGCUAAACUGUUGAAUGAAAUGAAGGCCAAAGGUGUUAAAUUGGAUACUGUUACAUAUGGUGUCCUUAUUGAUGUCUUUUGUAAAAGAAGAGACAUGAAAAAUGCAAUGGAACUCUUUGAAGAACUUCUUGGAGUUGGUCUAUCACCCAACAUCAUUCUGUAUAACAGCAUGUUUAGUGGGUUCAGAAAUGUUAACAAUAUGAGAGCUGCACUGAUGUUGCAUAAACAAAUGAUAAAGGAGAGAAUCCCAUGUGAUUUGGAGACAUACACUACCUUGAUCGAUGGGCUGCUCAAGGAUGGGCAAAUACUUCUUGCAUCUAACCUUUACACAGAGAUGCUCUCGAAGGGCAUAACGCCUGAUGACAUUACAUACACUGUACUGGUACAAGGUCUUUGCAAUAAAAAGCAGGUGAUGAAUGCACAAAAGAUAUUGGAGGAAAUGUAUCAGAACAAGGUGACUCCUAAUGUUCUUAUUUACAACACUGUAAUUGCUGGAUACUUCAAGGAGGGAAAUAUCCAAGAAGCUUUUAGGUUGCAUGACGAGAUGCUUGAUCGAGGUCUUGUACCCGAUGACACAACUUACGAUAUUCUCGUCAGAGGAACAAGAGAUGGCAGUUCUGUGAUUGACACUUUAUCUAUCAACAACUCUGAAGGGUUAUGAGCUUUAUGAUCAAUAAUGGCAAUUAGCAGGAGGUUGGAGAUUCUUCAUCAUACCAGAGAAAACUGGAAGACUAAAUGCAUUCCUUACUGAAGAAAGAGGAUUAGCGAUAAUUUGAGUAUGUGAGCUCUUUUUCUCAUGGGCCUCCAAAGAUGAAUUUAUUCCAGCUCUCCAGUAUUCUGGAUCUCAUAUUUCUGAUUCGAGCGUGAUACAUCUCAGGCAAGGUCUCUUUCUUCUCUUUAGAUGGACCAAGAAAUUAGCAAGGCAUUCUUCUAAGAAACUCAUUGGUUUGUAAAAAACCAUUGAUAUUCUGGGUGAGAUUCUGUUGAAGCAAAGUUGAUGGAUUUUCGAGUUCAUAAGGAAUUUUCGGGGGAAAAGUCUUUUGGACAUUUUGAAACUGGAGAGAAGAGGUUUUUGUGCACUAUAUAUGUUUUCACUUCCAUGCUUGUACCUGUUCAGUCGAGGGGUGUUGAAGCUCUUUAUUCUUUCCAGGAGGUUGGGUUUGACUCAGCCAUUGAGGUUGCUCACAUAUAUAGGCGAAUCUAAUAAGUCGAAUGCCAGAUAUUGCUUUGCCAGCCAGAUCAUUGCAUCCUUGCAUUCAUCGGUAAAUUUAAUCGUGUUGAUUCGCAGAUGCUUAAUUCCAUUGCAGUAAUUGCAGACGCAGCAUAUAUUUAGUUCAACCUUAUGAAAAGAUUGGAACAAGUCCCAUCAGCAAAUCCUUACUUAUUCGCAGCAUAUAUUUAGUUCAACCUUAUGAAAAGAUUGGAACGAGUCCCAUCAGCAAAUCCUUUCUUAUUUAUCAUUCAAGGUCCUGGUUGCAUUUUCCAUUACCAAGGAAAAAGAGUCAAAUAAAGUUCUACAAUUGUAAAUUCGUCAUCUAAACCCAUAUAUUAACAAAAGCAUCACAUAAACUUGUUUACCCUAAAAAUGAUCAAAUCAACCAGUUUAUCAGAAGUCGAAUAUAUUUAGCCAGUCACUUUCUGUUUGUGAUAUUUUACACUUACGUAUUUUAUUUUUUCUUUCUCCUUUUUGUUUCUUUAUCUUCCUCGCAUGUUCGCCCUGCUCCGCCCCUCUCCCGUUCAUCUUCAUCCUUGUUAUUCUUUUCUUACUCUUCUUUCGCUCUUUUUUCUUUACUUUUUUCUACCUUGUGUUAAAUUUAUUUGAAGCAACUUAAACAGCAGCAGUGUUGUGGUUUUUGGAGAUUGGUGGUAAUGUAUUUCUCCUGGUGAAAUGUUUGCUGUAAUUCAAGUUCAUGUGGCUUCUCGAGCCAUCCCUAGCAAAAGUUCUAGCACCAUAAGGUCUUCCACCUUUGAUGGCAUGCUCUCCAUUGCAAACAUGCUCACGCCAAAUGUGUAUAUCCAAUUGGAACCAAGAUAAUGUGAUGAACAAGCUAUUUUAUGGCUGUCAAUGGGGUUGUCUCCUGUCACCAACUUGGGAUCCAGUGCUUCGAAGUGCCAGCAGCCCAGCAGGCUUUUGAUUUCUGCAUAUGUCCAUAGAGGCAUAGAGUUCUAGUUGCAUAAAGAAAUGCUUUGAAUUGAGCUGCCAUUAUACCAUAACCUUGUAGGGAAGCCAAAAACGAUCCCAUUGUAUUCUCUGGCACUUGCUAAAGCUUGGCUUGAGCACCUUCUACAGAUGAAGUCCUUCCUCUUGUGCUAGUUUCUCCACAUGUUCGUAUAUGUAGUAAUAUACAAUGUAAAAUUUGGCCGCCAUUAUCAAUCUGGUUUUGGACUGAGAAGGUUUGGUUGGAAUAUAACGCGUUGUUGACUCUCCUAUGUAUAUAUCAAUUUUUAUCAAAUAAAAG